AUGUCCGAGACUCGAGCUGCCCUCGUGGUGGAGAGCGCUCCUCCCCUACUGAAGAUCCGACUGCCUUUCUCUCACCGCCUGAACUGCUUCAUCAAGCUCUGGGUCCUCAAAGCUCUAGCCACCAUUUUCUUCGCAGUCGACAGACUGAUCCAUCCACCGCCACGGGCUCAACGUCCCACUCUCAUCCAGAGCUACCCCUGUCGCCCAGCUCUCCAGACCCGGGUCUUCUACCCACCAAACUACAGAUCCGGCGACCUGCUGCCGCUGUAUCUCAGUAUACACGGCGGAGGCUUCGUAGUAGGCGAUCCUCAACACGACGACGAGUUCUGCAGCAUGUGGGCCAAGCGCACCAGCAUGCUAGUCGUCUCGCUCGACUACUCCCAGGCGCCGUUGUACCCCUUCCCCAUCGCAAUCCACGACAUCGCCGCUCUCGCCGCGGCCGUCCUCGCCGAUGCCAGUCUGCCCAUCGACAAGACCAAAGUCGCGAUCGGUGGCUUCAGCGCCGGCGGCAACCUCGCCCUAUGCGCAAGCCAGCUGUCCGGUCUAAAGGGCACCAUCAAGGCGGCAUUGACCUUCUACCCCAUCGUGGACUGGAGCCAUCCCCCCAGCGAGAAGCUAGACGCGCGCCCGUACAAGGGCGGCCCGAAAGACGCGCUCGAGUUUUCGAGUUACUGGUCCGACUGGGCAUAUGUCCUCCCGGGCCACAACCGCCGCGAUCCGCUGCUCAGUCCCUGUUACGCCAGGAAGGAGGAUCUCCCGCCCUGGGUCUACGUCAUUGCCGCCGAGUGGGAUAUGUUGCGGCUGGAGAGCCAGGACAUGAUUCAUGAGCUGGCGGGGCUCGCUGGGGUUGGGGACCAGGAGGAGGACUUCGAGGAGGGGACGUACAAGUGGACGCUGGCGAGGGGAUGCUCGCACGCGUUUACUCAUCAUUUCGGGCAGAGGGCGGAGAAGAAUCGGAAGAGGGAGCUGAGCGUAACGAUGAUGGAGUGA